GUAUUGCUUUCAAUUGCUAUUCAGACUCGUUAAGGCUCGCGCCAAGUUAUUUCUGAAGAAAUAUUGUGUGGCAAUCUAUAAUCCUCGCGAUCUUCCCUCCGUGUCCGUUGGAGAUGCGGGAACUUUAACACCGGCGAGGAGAAAGCAACCUUUACAAACGCCCGUGUACACACAGUCUCGAAGCAGCUCCUCCGUCUCUGCUACUGUGUGCAGCCUCAACCACGGAACAUGUCAGAGCACCGCUUGAUGGUGGAGGAACUCAACGAGCUCUUAGCAAAUGACAGCGGCUUUUACAGCCUCCCAUCCCAGCACUGCAAUGAAGUUUACUCCAGGAUCUAUGUGGGCAACGCAUUUGUUGCACAAAAUCCAAUGAGAUUAGAGCGUUUGGGGAUAACGCAUGUACUGAACAGUGCAGAAGGCAACUCAUUCAUGCACGUUAACACCAAUGCCGAGUUCUACACAGGGUCUGGAAUCGUCUACCAUGGAAUUAAGGCCAAUGACACGGAAGCAUUUAAUCUCAGUGCCUACUUUGAAGAAGCUGCAGAUUUUAUUGAUAAAUCACUAGCACAAAAGGAUGGACGAGUUCUUGUGCAUUGCCGGGAAGGAUAUAGCCGAUCACCUACUCUCGUUAUCGCUUACCUCAUGCUCCGACACAAGAUGGAUGUGAAGACAGCCCUAUUAACCGUGCGCCAGAAAAGAGAAAUUGGGCCGAAUGAUGGAUUUCUGCGACAACUCUGUCAAUUAAAUGAGAAACUGGUUAAGGAGGGUAAAAUUAAACCUUAAAGAACCACUUUGGAAGUAGCCAGCACCUGGUUUGAAUUUACAGAUACCUGAGGUUUUAUUGUACCAAAUGUUGUGUGUUGAUUUUAGGGGCGAGGACAAAGUUCCAAUAUUUCAAUUCUUUCUUCAGGGGGAUUGGCUUUCUUUAAAUGAAUUUUUUUGUGUGUGUGUAUACGUAUAAAGCCAUGGUUUCAGCAGCUCAAAGUUUGUUUUUAAAACUAAUCUCACUCUUACCAAUUUCAUUGAAUCUUUCAAAGCUGAUGGAUGCACAUUGUGCGGUGGAAUGUAACUGUUCUGGACAGUGACCUAUGCUGUGGUACUGCCCCUAUGUCUGAACCUGGAGGCCUGGGUUCAAGUCCCACCUACCUCAGAGGUAUGUAAUAUCGUCUCUGAAUUGGUUGAUUUGGAAGGAUAUUCUUAGGCCCUCUUGUGGCACAGUGUUAGUGUCCCUUCCUGGGGACCGGGAGGCUCAGAUUCAAGUCCUGGCUACUCCAGAGGUGAGUACUGACAUUUCUGAACAGGUUGAUUAGAAAAACAGGAUAUGUAAAAAUUAAAAAUGAGAAGGUAUCAAUCCAAGUAAAAAAGCAGGCCAGUAGAAAUAAUGCAUGGAAGUGUCAGAGUGCUCAGUGUCUGCACUUACCUCCACUGAUGGUAAUGGCUGUGGGUACUAACUGAAUGCAGUUAACCUGCACAUUAAGUCUGGAGCAUGAGCUACUUGAAGUUCUUGUUGUGAACCCAUUUUGGAAAAAAAUAUCAACACUUUACACUGAGUUGCUAUCAGAUUAGUAAGCUUCUUUGCCCGAUUCAAAGCUGGACUUAUCUUCCAGUUUGAAUGGAUGACAAUCAGACCCAUAAUUUCUUUCUGUAACAGGCAGCCGGUAGGUGGUUGUGAUUGCCUGUGAGCUCCUCUAAGGAAAUAAAGACAGCGCAUGAUCAGCAUUUUUCCCAAAUGUGUCAGAUGUUUUCUCACAACUUGUGUGAAUCCUAAAAUAUACAUAAGUAGUUAUCCUGCAACAAGGAAAAAUUCCUCCUUGCAAUCCUGAAGGCGCACACUGAUUAUUCAAACAAUGUCUUCUUUUGGACUUUAGAACUUGGUGAUGGGUUUGAGUUCCUUUGGCAGAAAGUGAUUGACUGCCAUAAUGUUGUGUGACCUUGCUAACCUUGUUAUGACUCAACUGUUGUGACACUUCCCUCUUGUGCUCAGUUUGCUUUGCAGCCCCCAUUUUGACAGUUUGUCAAAAGUCUUAAGUCGGCAAAUCUACUGGUGAGAAUCUGACCCUUUUUCAAUUAUAGCAAAGCACAUGACUUUAAAAGAACUGGGCUCAGUUUGCAUCUUUGUCAGCUUUAGAAAGCUUUGUUUUAGGUCGAGGGAAUGGGGGAGGUAGGGGAAGGAGAAAAGUGGAUUGAAGAGUUCCCUGAAGAAACUUGAAAAAUAGCUUUGGUCCUUGCCGAAUUUAACUAACUUUGAGUUUGCAAGAUGUUGUAAUUGUUCUUAUUUAUGGAAAGUGCAUGUCAUUAGGACUGUAGCAGUAAGACAUUGUUCAAAUUGGCAAUUGUUCAAAUAUUUUAUUAUGUUUUUAGCUACCAAUGGACGAAACAGAAAUUAUCUUUAAGGUGAUAACCUAAAGGUGCAAUGGACGUCUCUUUGUCCAAAUCUAAUGCCGAAAUGUUUAGUGAUUUUUGAUCACUAGUUAUGUCAAGUCAAGAGCUUUCCUUUUUUUGUUUACAUGUUAAAGUUGACUAUCGAUUGAACUGUGACACACUGAAUCUCAAGUCCCAGGAAGGAUUCCGUAUCUAGAACAAUUUAACUUUUCUGCUAUUUGCUGGAAACCACCCUUGGUGCUUAGAGGCUGGGGACAGGAUUAAUGAACAAGUUUCUCCAUUACCAGUUGCUGUCUUGUGACUCAUGUUGGAAAGGUGUCCAAGUUUCUAUGAGUAAAGAAUCAAAUUCUGUUAUGCUACAAUCUUUGGCCAAUUAAGCUGCUUUUUCUCACCACCCAAAUGCUCACACUUGAAGAAUAAUUACUUAAACAGUGCGCCAGAAUCCAUGGGACAGUAUCCCAGAGUAGCUACCUUCGAGAAGGAAAGGGAGAACAUUUUGGAUGGGGAGAGAGGCAGAUGAGAGUUGAGUCAUUUUAUUUUACCUCUGGUUUUGAUCUAUGUGGCUUUCAGGCUACAAUUGAAAUACAUCAUACUUACAGGACUCUUAACUGGCACUUGUGGCUCUUUUCACACUUUGUUAUAAGUGGAAACCAACACUGAGACUUGUAGCUAUGAAAAGCAAAGUAUCGUGAAAGCAUGACAAACAUUGAUUGGGCUUCUGUUUGUGACUGAUAGCAUAUGUCCCUUGUAGCCAUCAGUCAGCAAAGUAAGAUGAAUGCUGUUCCAUUUCUGAGUAGAGGAUAAACUGACUUUACACAUGCAGGAACUGCAAAACUGUAGAUUUACAGUUGAAGUUAAUCAUAUGUGAUGAAUUGAUAAUUUUAUAUUUGGUUCAUGAAAGGUUUGAAAAGAUAUAAUGGGCAUAAUGUGGGCAUGUAAAGUAUGUAUAAUUUGGAAAGUGGACUUACACAUAAUAGACACAGUAAAUACCUUAAACAACAAAGUGUAUCUAGUGUAUAUGAGCUCCAAAUGUUUUUUGUUAAUGUAAAUAUUUAUCUUACAAUGUAAUCUUUGUUCUCCACCAUAGUGAUAGGAAAACCCUUGCCCUUUCUAGGUGAAUGAAAGAGGAAGUUGAGAAUCUUUCCAGGUCCCUCAAACUCCCUGCUUCCAUAAAUGGCACAACAAUAUCGAGCACCUAAAAGCAAAUACAAUUUUAAAAUCUGAAAGGAGAAAUUAUAUUUUAUUGAAAAGGUAGAAGAGAAUUAAACAAUGAGAAUGUUAACCAGCAGUUUAGUCAGAUGAUGUCUUGCCAUGUAAACUGACAGCGUGUGGAUAAUGAAGUUUUCACUGAACCCAGUUUCAUAUUCUAGGAGUUGUGCUGGGGGCAGGGGGUUUGAAAUUCAUCUGUGUUAGCCAUGCAAAAUGAGCUCAUAGCGAAUUGGCAGCAGAAUUUUCAGUGUGGCACUUUGUCUUUUCUGUUGACUUGGAAAACAUUGCCAAGAUUUUGAAUUACAAACUAAGUAACAGUGAGACUGGAAAACAAGUCUCUCAAGAAAAUUUUGAAAUCUUGUUUUCAAAAAUUAGGGCGAGCGGUGAAAAAUCAGCUGUCUAGUCAUUGUUCGUCUAGUUCCUAUUGACAGGAUAAUCAGACUCAUUGGGUGUUUUUUUUAAAUAAUUGGGUUUAAAUGAUUAUUUUGUUUUUCAGCUGUUAUGUUUUUGCAGUAAGAUAUGAGAUUUGUGCAUUUUUUUUCAGAAGAGAAUGUAUUUAAAUUUGGAUUUUUAUUUUAUUGAUAGAAAUAUGAUAUAUAUUUAUCUGUAUAUUUUCAAUAUUGCUGUGAUUUUGCCUUUUUUUUGAGAAGUGGGAUAAAAUACACUUAGACUCGUGUUCAGAUGAUUGCAUUACCCGGACUGAGCUACCAAAUUCUAGUGCUCCCUGUCACUCUAAACAACUGGCCCAAGGCAAUUUAUUGAAUACUGAAGCUUUUUAAUGUGAUUCCAAUCUUCAAAUAUAGUGACCACUGAUUUAGAAAUUAAUUAGGAAACUCUAUGAGAGACGGUGUUUGGAAUAACCACACUGAUACAAUUAGGAGAAUCACAAGCUGGGAUCAGCAGGUUACCCAAGUAGUUUCAAGAAGAGCAUAGUUUUUUUUGUGGAUUCUUUUUAACCAACUUUUUCAAACACGUUAUGUAUGACGCAACUCUGGAGCAGCUAGGACUUCAACCAAUGCACCGUAAGGCCUCCUAAUUUGUUUAAUCAUUCGUGCCCUGAUUGGCCAGGAGAAGCUAAAGGUCCUCUAGGCUUUUCUCUUUUGUUUCUCUCCUCUCCCUAUUUGUAGUUAUUUUUAAUUAAGCUGUUUGGUCAUGUUUCUGACACAUCUCUGAGGAAAGUGAAACCUGAACAUGGAUCUUAGGGACACUACCACUGCAUCACAAGACCCUUUAUGUUGCCUUGUCAUUCUUGUCUUGUUAUCGUUUGCUGCAACUUAUACUUUCCUUGGUUUCAGGAAACGAUAUAUAAAUUGCCAGAAAGAGUUUUGUUGUUUUACCCUUGUUCUGAUUAAUGUUGUUAAGGUCUAAUGUAACUGACAUUUCUAGCUUGUAAUUCAAUGUAGUAUACUGUAGUAUAAGGGAUGUAUUUCACCAGCAUUAUGAUCGUACCCAAUGCAAGUUCAGUGCUGGAUCAGUAUAAAAUUUAAUUAAUAUAAUUGAUAAGUUAUAAAAUGGGCUUGCCAAAUACAAGUGAAGAAACAUUUUAGUGGUCAUCUAUAGAUAGCGCUUCUGUGUACUCUGAAGGAAUUUAAAAUUUAGACUAACUGAUUUUAUUUCAAGCCUAUGUAAAUAUGCAUAAACAUUUUCUAUUAUAACCCUCUGCACUUAAAUCAAUUGCAUAUUUAAAAUGUUCCUUAUUUUACAAGUUAACGCAGGCUGUACAGAGAUGCUUUCUGUUGUAGAAAUGCAGGUGUUGAACUCAGGAAAAUUUUCCUAUCUUUAGCUUUAUGCAUUUUCAUCUCAAACAUAUUAUUCUCACUAUUGUGAAGUAGACAUUAGAGCCUGUGCCUCAAUUGCAUACUAAAUCAAUCACAUCACCAGUUAAGGGAGCUGCUGUGUGCAAGUAAGCUGCCACUGUCUUAUAUAAGAUGGUGAUUACACUACAAAGGUAAUUUCUUUGUCUGUCAAGCACUUUGAGAGGUCUGGUGGUUAUGAAGGGCACUAUGUAAAUGUAAGUGUUCCCUUUUUCACUGCACUUUGGAUGCUGCCUGAACUGCUGUGCUCUUCCAGCACCACUAAUCCAGAACCUUUUUCUAAACAGCCAGAUUGUCUAUGCCAAUUCUUCAGAAGUUCGCUCAGCUGCUGUGUCUGGCAGUAGCAUUUAAAACUUAGCAUCAAGUGGUACAAGGUUAGGCUUCACAAUCUAGACCAUUUCAUUGGCAUUGCUUAAUUAUUUGAGGAAUAUCAAACUAUUUGUACUUAAAUUUGACUAGAUAUGACCAGAGUCUUGAUUAAUAAUUGCAUACAUGUGUGUUCAGAUGAUGAACAGUAGGGGGAGUGUGUGGCUGGCAGCUGUGCACACUUUGAGGUUUUGGAUACAAUUGUUGAAUUCAAGGAUUGUCUAGUCAUUUUAAAUAUAUGCUAAGCUUGGAUUGGACUUAUAGAUUUGUUGGCUUCUUUCUUUACAUGCAUACCCAGUUCAUCUAGUAUGGUAUGAUAAAUAAUGAUUGUAAAUGAUAUUAAAACAAUAGUUUUUUCCUUAUUGGUAUCUGCAGCGCCAUUCAGUGAUUGAGCUAUGAAGACCAAGGGGGUACCAGGUCCUUUGCUGAGUAAAUGUUUCCCAGCAAAAGUGACAGUGAGCGGCUGCAGAUGACCUCAGUAGCCCUGGUCAGGGAGGGGCCAAUAAAAUCAGCUGAGAUUUCUUCUCAUGAUCUCCAUCGAGUGAUAGUUACAUAAAAGCACAUAUGUGACCACCGUGAAGAUACAUUGGCUUGAUUGUAGUGACCAACACUUGGUCAUUAAAGAUAACAGUAUCUAUUCAUAAACCUAGGUAACUUUUGCAGUAACUUAGGAUGAGUCAGCAUUUCAAAUAAAUGAGAACAAAUGCUGAUCUGACCAGUGUCCCCUCUGUCAGAAACUUGUUGGUUUUAACUGUUGCAAUGCAAGAAGAGUGUUGAGUAUUAAACCAGUUCGUUCUUAACUUAGUAUUACCUAACUUAAUCAGAUAAUGCACACCAACAUUGUGUUUGAUUGACUUGCCUUCAUAACCUCACAGCAACCUUUAACUUGCCCUACACUAGUAGGUUUGUGCUUUGUAUGCAACCAACUCUUAAUGUAUGAUUUAGGAGGUGUGAGGACAGCAGUAACAUUAAACUACACAAAAGUGAAGGAGAAUCAAUGAAUAGGGUGCCUAGGAAUACUGUAGGAUCUAGGUAAAACAAAGAACUCAAUUGGAAAAUGUGUCAGCCGUUGACUUUAAUGAUUUCUUCAAAAUCACAAUGGGGAAAUAAAGUACCAAAUUUAUUAAUCAAACAAUGAAAUAUUUUGAUGUAGUUCUUGAUUGUCACAGUCCUUUAACAUGGCACACAAAUAGUCCAGAAAUAUAAUUAUAUAUAAUGUAUUUGAAUAUGUAUAUGAACAUGUUUUACAUUUUAGUUGCAUUGAAAAAUGUUUGUUGACUUUUAAUGAACAGAGAGGAACAAUUUGUCUUCCCUUUUGAUGUUUGCUAAUUCUGUAACUGUAAACUGACAAAUAUACUGAAGCUAUAUUCCUUCACCUAACUAAGGGUAGAAAGCUUUUAUUUGUUCUGAAUGAAUGGGACAAAACAAAACCAUUCAGUCCGUAAAUCCGUAAGUGCAAAUGGUCGUCACAAGAUAAUUGGACAUUUCAGAUAGACAUGGAUGAAAAACUGACUGGAACAUGUUUUUCUAUAGUUGUGACAUGUUCACCAUUUAUAGAUGGCUUCUGAAUCUUAAAAUCCCAGCCACAGUCGAGUUCAGCAAAGUAAGUGAGCAACCAAUACAGAUCCCUGAAGUAAAAGAUAAUUGGUUGUAAGCACAAUUUAUGUUGAAACACAUAUUAAAACGAUCGAUGCAGAUUUAAACUUUCUAAUGAAUUUUAUAGGUAUGACUCAAGAAUGCGAACUGGAGGCAUUAAUGCACUUGCUCACUCACUCCUGAUGAUUGUUGAAACACAGCCAAUGAAGUAAGAAUGAAGCAGACCGUUCAGAAUUGUGUUAAUAUUUGUCAGUUUACAAUUCAAGCCAUAGUUUCUUUCUAUACACCGUGUAAAUUGCUGAUGGCCUUGAAAAUAUUAACCGUGUGCACUUUGUAACAAAAAUGACAUGCUUCCAAUAUUCCUGUAAUUGAGAGCACAUCUCGGAGCCUUUUACUGGUAAAAAGAAAUUCAGCCAUUGAUUGAAAUCACUAAUUGGAAGCUGAAAGGGAUGGUCUAAUUAUAGUCAGAUUCUGUCUUCCUGUGCUGAAAAUGUUUUAAAAAAUUGUAAAGAAUCUUCAAGGCAAGUUAUUAAUGUCAUUUUAGCUUCAUCAGCAAGUAGAGGUUGUUCCUACUUUGACAACCAAGGACAAUGAUUCUGUGUAUUAUACAUAACCAGGGGAAAAGCAAUUGAGUAUAUUCUUAGACUAAUGGCCAUUGCCUUAACCUUUUAAAUUUGCCUGCACUUUUCCCUUUUCCUCAUAAUAUAGGAAACACCUGUGCCACACCUGAGUAAGGGAAGGAUGGCAUUCACCAAUAGAUGAAUGCGUUGUGCACAUUGUUUGUGUUAAAUUCAGACAAGAAUAGUUUGCUCAAUACCAUUUAGUAAUCCUGUAGUAUUGUUUGACAAUGCCUAACUUGGGGAGAGAAAUAUAAACUGUGGCAUUCCCCUUUUAUCCCUUUUAUUAAUUUUCUGUUUGUAAUUUUGAUCAAAAGUUGUAGAUGUUCUUAUCGCUCCACUUGAUUUGAUUCAGGUCGGUUUCCUGUUUAUCGCAGUAUUUGGCUUACAAAAUAGUUCAAUUUUUUUUAAAAACAACAUAUGUUAAAAUAAAUGUAAAAAUAUAAGAAUGCUGAGUUGUCCCAACAUUCAACUCUCUUCUCUGCCUGUUCCCCAUAACUCUGCUAUUGUUCAAGAAUAUUUCUGAAUCAGCCUUGAAUGCAUUCAAUGGUUGAACAUCCAAAGCAUUCCAAAUAUUCUCUCAAAGUUAUGGGAUAUUUCACUGGUAGCCCCAUACGUGGCGAUUAAUGGGAUUAUUUCAUAGACAAGUAAUAAAAAUGAAAGAUGACAAAUGAAAUAAUCAGCUCUUGCUUAAUAAAAUUCUGAUACAGAGCAAUUGCUGAUGACAAUGGUUGACUUACAAGACAGAAUACCUUCCAUGUAAAAUUGACAUCUUGGGAAGGCGAAUGCUAAUGUGAAUGUUACAUCAGAUUUUAUGUUUGACAGCUCAACCUGAUAAAUUAAACUUCUGACAUGAAGGA